AUGUUUAGUGGGACAAUAGAAAUAUUUGUAUAUUUAAAAGAAAUAAGAAACAUUGAUCUUUUUCAAUAAGGUGUUUAUCAACUUAAGAUUUGCAUUUAUAAGAAAAACGAGAGUUAAUUAGAAGUUCUGUAAGCUUAACCAUACAUGCUUGUUGAGUAAAAAAGAAUUAUAAAUAAAUAAACAGCAGACACAUAUGUCUAAUCUUCAAAAUUGGUUGAUACAAGUUUUUACAGUAAAGCUUUUAUUAUUAAAUAUUGCGAUUAAAUUGUAGAGUUAAAUGAAGGAUGUGUAUUUAGAAUUGAAAUUUAAGCAUAUCCAGAAAUGAACCUUAAUGAAUUAUAUUGUAUAAUUGAACUUCAUUUUUGUGAACUAAGUACAAUAACAUAAGAAGAUUUUAAGCCAGUAUUAUUCAUUUUGAAUAAUUAGGAUCGAUUGUAGAAUUAUCAAAAAUGUGUAGCAAAAUUUUCGAGCAAAUUACAUAAUGUUAAAUUUAUAAAAGAAUUUGUUCCUUGCGUAUUUAAUGAAUCUCACUUUUGUUUAUUAAAAUUCAGUCUUCACUCAGUUUUAGUAGAUUUUAAAUAUCAUUAAUAAAACGAUAUAUCCAUAAGAUAAUUCAUGAAUAAAAUAACAAAUCAAUGUAAAUGAUCAAAUUAGCAAUUAGUUUCUCCCCACCUAUUAACUGGAUUUUACUAGCAUUAUAAUAAGAUGCUUAUGCAAACAAGUGAAUUACUAGCGAAUUAUUAUUAAGCUAGAGUGAAACAAUGUAUAUCAGAUGAAUAAAUUUAAAAUAAAUACAGUAAGUUUUCUUAUAUAAAUUAUAAAUCGCUAAAUUAUAAACCUUUCUCAGAAUAUGCAUCUAAGAUAAAUGAUGUUAAAGGUAAUCCUUAAUUGCAAUAAGAAAUUUGUAAUUAAAUAUUUUUGGAAAUUAAACACCUUUCAUCAUAAAUCUUUGUGGCUUGGUAUUAAUUUAUAGACGCUUACAAUUUUAUGGCUUGUGCUUUAACAAACAAAUUAGAAUAAGAAUAUUUAUAGAAAAUAAAAGAGAGAUGGGGUGAAAGUAUCUUCUAGCAUAUUUAAACGGUAGAUGAUCUUUCCUUUUAAGAUUCUUAAUCAGGAAAGAACCAUAAAUAAAUGGCUUAAGAAUAUAGAAAUAAUAAUUAUUACAAACAAUUAGAGCCUUUAAAUAUUGAAGAUCUUGAUUUAUUCCCAGAAGCGAAAAUACAUCCAAUAGUUUUUAGGGACGUUUCUUAGAAGUAAUAAAUUUAACGCAAGUAAAUUAAAGGCUUACAUUUAUUUGUAUUUGUUCAUGGCUAUUAAGGAAAUUCAUAUGAUUUAAGAUUAUGGAGAAAUAACAUUUCUGUUAGAUAUCCUGAUCAUCUAACUUUACUCUCUAAGUGUAACUAAGAAAAUACAGAAUAAGAUAUUAUGGCUAUGGGAGAAAAGCUAGCUCUAGAAGUUAAACUUUGGAUUAAAGAAUGGUGUCCAAAAGAUAAUUUUUCUAAGCUUUCUUUUAUCGGUCAUUCUCUUGGUGGUUUGAUUAUUAGAGCUUCUAUGCCAUACUUAAUAAAGUAUAAAGAUAAAAUGUAUACCUAUUUAUCUUUGGCUACUCCCCAUUUGGGUUAUUCAUUAUCAUCUAGUAAAAUAGUAGAUACUGGUUUAUGGGUCAUUCGUAAAUGGAAAAAAUGCAUAUGUCUGAACCAGUUAACAUUAAAUGAUUCUACUAAUAUUUAAGACACUUGUCUUUAUAAAUUAUCUCAAUUAGAAGGUUUAGGCUGGUUUAACAAUAUUGCUUUGAUGAGCUCUUAUCAAGAUACUUAUAGUCCAUUUGAGUCAGCUCGGAUUUAAAGACCUAAAGGAAAUGGCAGAGAUGUUAUAAUCACCAAUAAAAUGAUCGAUAAUCUGAUGGAAACUAUUUAAAAUAGAAAAAUAGAAAGAUUGGAUGUCAAUUAUGAAUAAUCUGGAAAGUAAUUUGAUUGUUUAACUCCUAUAGAUCCUUAGAUGUUAUGAUUGGUAGAGCUGCUCAUAUUGCUUUCCUAGAAAACAGUGCUUUGAUAAAACUAUCUGUUUACAGCUUUGAUGAGUUAUUUGAAUGA